AUGGCGGCUCUCGCCCUCCUCCUGCUGGUCGUCCUCCCUGCCCACCAGACCCUCGCCACGGCGGCCGGCGACGCGCACCCGGGGUACGCGGGCGCGGAGGCCGACACCUGCGGGGCGGCGCCGCUGGGCGGCGCGGCCCGCCACGGCCCGGCGCUGGAGGAGUACGGCGGCGGGCGCAUCUUGGACAUCACGCACGCGUACCGGCCGGCCAUGCCGGCGUUCGCGACCGGCGCCACGGUGGGGCCCCUGGUGCGGCUCAAGGCGUCCAUGGAGGAAGGGUCCGAGUACAACCUGUCGGAGCUCCGCAUGGAGUGCCACAUGGGCACCCACGUCGACGCGCCCGGCCACAUGAACCAGGAACACUUCGCCGCCGGCCUCGACGUCGACAAGCUCGACCUCGACGUCCUCAACGGUCCUGCCUUGCUGAUCGAUGUUCCAAGGCACACGAACAUAACUGCUGAAGCAAUGCAAUCCCUAAAUAUACUGAAAGGUGUUCGUCGAGUUCUCUUCAGAACACUGAACACAGACAGGGGGCUCAUGUGGAAGCCAGCUGGUGACCUGAGCUAUGUUGGAUUUACAGAGGAUGGUGCACAGUGGUUAGUUGACAACACCGACAUCAAGCUAGUCGGGAUUGACUAUAUAUCAGUUGCUUCGUUUGAUAACUUGAUCACUGCUCAUUUGGCCUUUUUCAAAAACGCGGAUAUCAUCAUAGUCGAAGCCCUGAAACUAGACAACGUCAACACUGGACUAUACAUGCUACACUGCUUACCUCUAAGACUGGUUGGGGCCGAGGGUUCACCAAUUAGGUGCAUUCUUAUCAAGUGAUCACUUCGCUUCUGCUCUGGCUGAAGGCUGCGAUGUAUCGUACCCACAUAUGCUACAUCCUCGCUACUGUUCUCGGUGCACAGUUUCUGUAAAAAGAAAACGCCUCAUGUCACAUAUAUAUGUUUGUACUGUCAAAUCAACAAUGAAAAUUAGUAUUACUACA